UGCAAUCCGCUCCCUUCUGCUCUUGCUCUACACGUGUCAGUCUCCCUGUCUCAGUCUCUUUCUCUCUUUGAGACACUCGUUGCAUCUCUCCUCAAUUUUCUAUCUGUCGCUUCACUUCCAAGCAUCAUCACACAAAAGAUCCAGAUCUGAAAGAAAGAAGAAGGAAGAGAUGGUGAUGUUCAAGGUUUCCUGCAAACAGACCUCUCCUUUCGAUGACCAAAAGCCCGGAACUUCCGGUCUCAGGAAAAAGGUAUCAGUGUUUAAUCAGCCCAACUACUUGGAGAACUUUGUUCAAUCAACUUUCUAUGCCCUUUCAGCAGACAAAGUGAAAGGUGCUACGCUGGUUGUUUCUGGUGAUGGCCGUUACUUCUCGAAAGAUGCCAUUCAGAUAAUAAUUAAAAUGGCAGCUGCAAAUGGAGUAAGACGUGUUUGGGUCGGGCAGAAUGGUUUACUUUCCACACCUGCCGUAUCGGCUGUCAUACGUGAAAGAGUUGGUGCAGAUGGAUCUAAGGCGACGGGAGGUUUUAUACUAACUGCAAGUCAUAAUCCUGGAGGUCCGCACGAGGAUUUUGGAAUCAAAUACAACAUGGAAAAUGGUGGACCUGCUCCCGAGGCAAUUACUGAUAAGAUCUAUGCUAACACAAAGACGAUAAAGGAAUACUUCAUAGCAGAAGAUCUCCCAGAUGUGGAUAUUUCAAUCGUAGGCCUAUCAAGCUUUGGGGGGCACGAGGGCCCAUUUGAUGUUGAUGUUUUUGAAUCAACUACUGAUUAUGUAAAAUUGAUGAAGUCAAUUUUUGAUUUUGAGUUUAUCAAAAAGCUGUUUGAAUCUCCGAAGUUUACAUUCUGUUAUGAUGCACUUCAUGGAGUAGGUGGGAUUUACGCCCAACGUAUUUUUGUAGAAGAGCUUGGUGCACAUCAAAGUUCAUUAAUAAAUUGUGUACCGAAGGAAGACUUUGGAGGAGGCCAUCCAGAUCCAAACCUGACUUAUGCAAAAGAAUUGGUUGCACGAAUGGGAUUGGGAAAAGACAACUCUGUUGGUGAACCACCAGAAUUUGGCGCUGCUGCUGAUGGUGAUGCGGAUCGUAACAUGAUCCUUGGUAAAAGAUUUUUUGUAACACCAUCAGAUUCUGUUGCAAUCAUUGCUGCAAAUGCUGUUCAAUCCAUUCCUUAUUUCGCUUCAGGUUUGAAGGGAGUUGCCAGGAGCAUGCCUACAUCAGCUGCCCUUGAUGUUGUAGCAAAACAUUUGAAUCUAAAAUUUUUUGAGGUUCCUACUGGCUGGAAGUUUUUUGGGAACUUGAUGGAUGCUGGAUUAUGUUCUAUUUGCGGUGAAGAAAGUUUUGGAACUGGAUCGGAUCAUAUCCGUGAGAAGGAUGGCAUCUGGGCAGUUCUAGCUUGGCUUUCCAUUAUCGCCUUCAAAAACAAGGGUAAUCUCAAUGGGGAGAAGCUGGUGAGUGUGGAAGACAUCGUUCGUCAGCACUGGGCUGUUUACGGUCGCCACUAUUAUACUCGAUUUGACUAUGAGAAUGUCGAUGCUGGUGCGGCUAAGGAGCUCAUGGCAUACUUGGUCAAAUUGCAAUCUUCUCUUCCCGAUGUCAACAAGAUUAUAGAGGGAAUAAGAUCAGAUGUGUCAAAAGUCGUUGAAGCAGAUGAAUUUGAGUACAAGGAUCCUGUCGAUGGUUCCAUCUCGAAGCACCAGGGCAUCCGAUAUCUGUUUGAAGAUGGGUCGCGAUUGGUUUUCCGCCUAUCCGGAACUGGCUCUGUGGGUGCGACCAUCCGUCUUUACAUCGAGCAAUACGAAAAUGAUUCUUCAAAAAUUGGGAGGGAUUCUCAAGAUGCACUUGCUCCUCUGGUGGAGGUUGCUCUCAAGCUUUCUAAGAUGCAAGAAUUCACAGGCCGAUCUGCACCGACAGUUAUUACUUAGAAAAUAAUAGUUCCUCUCUAGACUUCAUCAGUUCCUCAGAGGUAUCUACCGAUGUGGGGUCCAGUACCAUGAGCAGUUUGCUUGAGUCAUGAUACUAUUUUUUGACCUGAUCGUAUAUCUCAUGCUAUUUUCCAUCAUGCUGCUGCACUUCCGGAAAUGAUAAUAUAUAAUAAAAUAUCAUUUUUGAAGUA